UGACUUUCUGACCUAAUACAUCUCCCUCUGCUAGAUCUUGUCAUACUUGCAGUGAUUGCUUUAUUUGGAUGCAUUUGGUCAUGUCUUAGAAAGAUUGUCUCCUAAUAGGAUCAGAAGAUUUUUCUAUUAAAAAAAUUGUAUAUUCCAAGGUCACUUAAUGCAGUAAAGGUGGUCAUAUAUUGAAAUGAGAUGUCAGUUGCCAUGAUGUUUUUCAUGUUGAAGGUGCCAAUUCCAGUUGGUUGGCUUUAAAAAUGCAGAUUUGGAUUUUGCUUUUCACACCAGGUCAGCAUUGCCUUCUUCGUGUAGCAAUAGACAACUAUUCACUCUCAUCUUCAGAAGAGAGGUAUCGAGCAUUAGUGCACAUGAUAUCAGGCUUUGUAUAGUUGGUAAGAUUGCUUUGUGACCUAACCCCAAAAUAAUUGUAGUACUAAAGACUACAUUAUUCUUUCCUGGGUGCUAUGUUGGUAUACACCAUAUAUUGAAUAGGAAUAUGCACAGUGGCAUCUUUUCACUCACUUUUUGACAAAGCUGACUUGGUUUUAUCCAUUUCUUCAUGCAUAGUGCCAUCUUCUUACUCACUUUUUGAUAAACAUGAUUUGGUUCCAUCCAUUUCUUCAUGGUCUCAUCUUCAAACACCAACUGUUGAGUUGUAUAUUUAUUUGAAGAUCUAAUGCCACUGAUUAACCAAGUUAGCUUUUCAUAUAAGUGUCUAAUGAAGUUUGCAAAUAUUGUUCCUUAAUUUAACAUGGUUUUCUUUAUACUUUUAGAACAAGAAUAUACCCUGUAUCAUAUUUUCGUAGACAAGAUACUGUAUGCUAUUUGUAUUUAACAUUGUGAGCCUGAGUGGUCACCAUAUUCAUUUGAAAAGAUGAUUCAAACUGAUGUAAUUCUUAACGGCCAUCUAUGCAUGAUGAACAUCAUUCCAUUGUUUGGUAGGAGUUUAAGGCCGGAAUAAUGGUUUUAUCUUUUUCGUCAUGUGCCCCAUUCAGCAUGUUGACAACUUUGGGACAUACAAAAAGCUUCCACCAGUUAACAUUUUGCUUUUCUCGUGCGAAUUUAGUCUGAUCUUUUUUCUGCUGUUGGUCUUUUGGUAUGUUCUAGACUUGAAAUUAAUUAUGUGAAUAGAUUUACAAUGCUGGAUUAUAUUGUCUUUCCAACAGUUGUGGUAUGUAUUCUUAUUAGAGUGCAUUGCUUUUGAGAGCAUUAUAUAUGUUUCGUUUGGAGGAAGAUAGUUUGUGAAGAGUAAAAUUUCAGUUUUUUCAAUUGCAAUAUACUUGGUGUUCACUGCUUUUGUAAUAGUUUUAUGAACUUGUAUGUUUAGUUUUUCAAUCCUAUUUAUAAGCUAGCUCUAUUUUGUUUGAGAUCUUUGUGAACUUUGUAGUAGUUUAUGCAAUAGAAAUCUAUCCAGGUCAAUUCUCAGUGUUGCUCCAUUUUUUUUUAUCUUUGUUCACAUUGUCUUGAAUGAAUGAUAUCAUAUCAUGUUUGUAUGUAUACCUUCAUUUAUUGAUGGGUUUGAUCUAUGUUAGCGGCUAGAACUUAAUAUGUUCGCUCUCCUUUUUUUAUUUUUUUUAUUUCUGCAUUUACUUUGUUUUGAAAGAACCACGCUCUGUUGUAUACCUUUUGUAUUGCAUGACAGCAGAAAAGAGCUUUUCGUAAGAAGAAAUACAAUCUUAAAUAAAGCUUGGUAUUCAUUAUAUUUUCGUUGUGUACAUUUUAUAUGCUUAGCUAGAGUUGCUAUCUUAUUCUUAUUUUUAUUUUCCCUUCAGCGUGUAAGAGCAUCUCCUGUCUCUAUGGGGUAUAGUCAGCAGAUAUUCCAUCCCUGUGGACCCGUUGCACCACAGUGGGGACCACCACCAUAUGGUCUGGUUCAGAAUCCGUGUUAUGACUCUCGACAGAGAGGACCAUAUCCGUCACCUAGUGCACAACAACACCCUGCUCCAGUAUAUGGAAGUUACCCUUCACAUCAACCUCCACCCAGAAGUGGGUUUGGACCAAGUUGGGAGCAUAGGCUGCCAUCACCUAUGCAGCAGGGUCCACCACCACCUCAGGCAAACUACAAUUACGGGCAACCUCAACCCUUCUACCAGCAGCAUCAGCCACAACCACAUGGACAGAGUUAUGGAUAUCCUGGUCAAAUGCCACCACCCACGAUGCCACAGCAAAUGGCAGCUUAUCCUCAAGGCGGUUUCACUGGCGAUCAGUAUGGUAAACCUCCAUCAUAUGGUCUGAUUAUGCAGCAGCAGACCCAGGCGUCUCAUGCCCAACAGCAACAUUACAGCCAGCAGCCUCAGGCGUCUCAUGUCCAACAGCAACAUUACAGCCAGCAGCUACCUAGGGGAGGUAGCCAGUCUGCUGAGGUCCUUCCCAUCUACAUGGCAUCAUCUCAUGGAUAUGGUGUCAACAUGCAACAAUAUCCUUACCCAUCAACUGGGGGGCCUAUGCAGCAGGCAUACCUGGCGGGCACACCAUGUGGUCCUGCUGCCCCUUCCGGGGAUGGUUACAGUCAACACCCACAACAACUAUCGUCAGGUCCUGUUUAUCCUCAGCAGCAGCAGCAGCCACCUGCCGCAUAUGCUCAAACUGGGCAACAACCCCCUGUUGCCACUACAUAUGCUUCAUCAUAUCCUUCACAACCACCAGCUGACAAUAGUGUUGCAGGCUAUGGAUAUCAGGCACAAGCACCACCCGCAGAUCCAUAUGUCGGUAGUAGCAUCUCUCAUCAGUGUACAGCUGCUACUUACAAUGCCCAGCCAUGCUAUGCUCAGGUUCCACCUCCUGCUACUCAUACUGGCUAUGAUCAAUCAGUUGCUCAGUCGGGUGGUUAUGUAGUUACUCAACCUACAACACAAGCAGCAGCUGCCACAGGUUAUGGCAGUAGUGCGUGAUGUUUGUGGUGCACCAUGCUGAUUAUUUUGUAAUGAAGCUGGGCUCUGACAAAUAUCUUUUACCUUGCAGUGUUGACAGUACAUGCACUUUUGCCAGAAAAUUUGUAUCUUACUCUUUUGAUAGCUCCUGCGUUAUUGCCUUCCAUUUACAUUUAUUUAGGGGUCAUAAGUUUGUGUAAUCCUUGAUAGAGAACACGUUUUGUUUGGACCUGCUUUCUGAUGUGAAUUUGAUAUUAUGGGUUUGCUUUAUUUGCUUGAAGUGAUUGGUAUUGAUCUACUUAGAAUAAAUUUUUGAUCUGAUA